GCGGGGCGCGGCCGGCCGGGCCCCUCGACCCUGCGCGGCGCAGCGGGGGGCGCGCUUGACUGACAGGCGGCGGUGGCGCGGUUGCGACGGCAGGUGAGCCCAGGCCAGGAUGGGGGACUCCAGGGACCUUUGCCCUCACCUUGACUCGAUAGGGGAGGUCACCAAAGAGGACUUGCUGCUCAAAUCUAAGGGAGCCUGUCAGUCGUGUGGUGUUCCUGGACCGAACCUGUGGGCCUGUCUCGAGGUCGCCUGCCCCUACGUUGGCUGCGGAGAGUCCUUCGCUGACCACAGCACCAUUCACGCGCAGGUGAAAAAGCACAACCUGACGGUGAACCUGACCACGUUCCGGGUGUGGUGUUACGCCUGCGAGAAGGAAGUGUUCCUGGAGCAGCGGCGGGCGGCCCACCCGCCAGGUCCCUCGCCCAGGUUCUCGGAGCAGGACUCUCCGUUGCCCUCCCACCCUCUGAAAGCCGUCCCUAUUGCUGUGGCCGACGAAGGAGAGUCCGAGUCAGAGGACGAUGACCUAAAACCUCGAGGCCUUACGGGCAUGAAGAACCUCGGGAACUCCUGCUACAUGAACGCCGCCCUGCAGGCCCUGUCCAAUUGCCCUCCGCUGACCCAGUUCUUCCUGGAGUGUGGAGGCCUGGUGCGCACAGACAAGAAGCCAGCCCUGUGCAAAAGUUACCAGAAGCUGGUCUCUGAAGUCUGGCACAGGAAACGCCCAAGCUACGUGGUUCCCACCAGCCUGUCCCACGGGAUCAAGUUGGUCAACCCGAUGUUCCGCGGCUAUGCCCAGCAGGACACCCAGGAGUUCCUGCGCUGCCUGAUGGACCAGCUGCACGAGGAGCUCAAGGAGCCUGUGGUGGCGGCCACGGCGGCCCUGACGGAGGCUCGGGACUCGGACUCGAGCGACUCGGACGAGAAGCGGGAGGGCGAUCGGAGCCCGUCAGAGGACGAGUUCCUGUCCUGCGACUCAAGCAGCGACCGGGGUGAGGGUGAUGGGCAGGGGCGCGGUGGGGGCGGCUCGCAGGCCGAGACGGAGCUGCUGAUCCCAGACGAGGCGGGCCGCGCCAUCUCCGAGAAGGAGCGGAGGAAGGAUCGCAAGUUCUCCUGGGGCCAGCAGCGCACCAACUCGGAGCAGGUGGACGAGGAUGCUGACGUGGACACUGCCAUGGCCGCCCUUGACCGCCAGCCCACAGAGGUUCAGCCACCGUCACCGCGGUCCACCAGCCCCUGCCGGACGCCAGAGCCGGAUAACGAGGCCCACAUGCGCAGCGCCUCUCGGCCCUGCAGCCCCGGCCACCACCACGAGGGCCACGCCAAGCUGGCCAGCAGCCCUCCUCGUGCAAGCCCGGUGAGGAUGGGCCCGUCGUACGUGCUCAAGAAAGCCCAGGUCCCGAGUGCCGGCAGCCGGAGGCGGAAGGAGCAGCGCUACCGCAGUGUCAUCUCCGACAUCUUCGACGGCUCCGUCCUCAGCCUCGUGCAGUGUCUCACCUGUGACCGGGUGUCCACCACGGUGGAGACCUUCCAGGACCUGUCGCUGCCCAUUCCUGGCAAAGAGGACCUGGCCAAGCUCCACUCAGCGAUCUACCAGAACGUGCCGGCCAAGCCAGGUGCCUGCGGGGACAGCUACACCGCCCAGGGCUGGCUUGCCUUCAUCGUGGAGUAUAUCCGCAGGUUUGUGGUAUCCUGUACCCCCAGCUGGUUUUGGGGGCCGGUCGUCACCCUGGAAGACUGCCUUGCUGCCUUCUUUGCUGCCGAUGAGCUGAAGGGUGACAACAUGUACAGCUGUGAACGGUGUAAAAAGCUGCGGAACGGGGUGAAGUACUGUAAGGUCCUGCGGUUGCCCGAGAUCCUGUGCAUUCACCUGAAGCGCUUUCGGCACGAGGUGAUGUACUCAUUCAAAAUCAGCAGCCACGUCUCCUUCCCCCUCGAGGGGCUUGACCUGCGCCCCUUCCUCGCCAAGGAGUGUACGUCCCAGAUCACCACCUACGACCUCCUCUCUGUCAUCUGCCACCACGGCACGGCAGGCAGUGGCCACUACAUCGCCUACUGCCAAAACGUGAUCAACGGGCAGUGGUAUGAGUUUGAUGACCAGUAUGUCACCGAGGUCCACGAGACGGUGGUGCAGAACGCUGAGGCCUAUGUCCUCUUCUACAGGAAGAGCAGCGAGGAGGCCGUGCGGGAGCGGCAGCAGGUGGUGUCCCUGGCGGCCAUGCGGGAGCCCAGCCUGCUGCGGUUCUACGUGUCCCGAGAGUGGCUCAACAAGUUCAACACCUUCGCCGAGCCGGGGCCCAUCACCAACCACACCUUCCUCUGCUCCCACGGAGGCAUCCCACCCAACAAGUACCACUACAUCGACGACCUGGUGGUGAUCCUGCCCCAGAACGUCUGGGAGCACCUCUACAGCAGGUUUGGGGGCGGCCCCGCCGUGAACCAUCUGUACGUGUGCUCCAUCUGCCAGGUGGAGAUCGAGGCGCUGGCCAAGCGCAGGCGGAUUGAGAUCGACACCUUCAUUAAGCUGAACAAGGCAUUCCAGGCUGAAGAGUCGCCGAGUGUCAUCUACUGCAUCAGCAUGCAGUGGUUCCGGGAGUGGGAGGCCUUUGUCAAGGGGAAGGACAGUGAGCCCCCCGGGCCCAUUGACAACAGCAGGAUCGCACAGGUCAAAGGAAGCGGUCACAUCCAGCUGAAGCAGGGUGCUGACUACGGGCAGAUUUCCGAGGAGACCUGGGUCUACCUGAACACCCUGUACGGUGGCGGCCCCGAGAUCGCCAUCCGGCAGAGUGUGGCCCAGCUCCAGGACCCAGAGAGCUUACAUGGGGAGCAGAAAAUCGAAGCUGAGACCCGGGCCGUGUGACUUGGUGGGCCAGUCCGCCCCCACCUUUGCCCUCCUCCCUGCGGAGGGUGUGUUUGUAUCCAGAGGAGAGGCCAGCCGCUUCAGAAACCCAGGUGCAUCAAGAGGCAGAAAAGUUGUUUGGUUCACAGUGAGGAACGCUGCAGCUAGGAAAUAUAUCCACUUCCGUCUUGUUCAAACGGCCGCAGCUCCGCGACGUUAACUUGAGUAUUUGUCCUGGCAGCGCUCACACUUUACUGUCGUUGUGUCUGCCAAACCCGCCCUCUCGCUAGCUCGGGCCCAGCUUUGUCCCUGGAGCUCUCAGUCAGGGGCUGUGGCCUUGGGCCGGAGGGUCGGGGAGCAGCUGCUGCUUCACAGGCAUUUCCCCGAGCGCCUGGUCCAGCGCCCAGGACUUGCAGGUAGAUGGGCAGAGCUGGCGGGCAGAGUGCCGAGCAGGGAGGAUGCUGCUGCUUGUCGCCGGGGCCAGUUCCUACGAGGCCCCUCUUCACCCCUGCAUCUCCUGGUUGUCACACAAAGGCUCCUGAAUCCUGGCUGCUCUCAGUGUUUGUCCUGCAGACUGCCGACUCCGGACUCCUUCACGACUGUGACCCAAAGGGGGUUGGGUUUCUGUCUGUAGGGCUUGAUCCUAGAGGCAGCUGGUCCCCUCUCCCCUGUGCUGCUGAGCUGGCCCCAUGAUGGGCUGUGACUUGCCCCUGCUAGGGAACGGGAUGAUGAAACGGGUACCUCACGUCGCCAUCACGUGCAGUUAACGCAGCUUCCCUAGGGGCUGACUCC